UACUUCUCCAGUACCUUUCCCAGUGUUAAACUAGACUACACCAACCAUGAAGACCCUUCUUGUAAUCUGUGCCUUAGCAGCAUUUUUCUUGAGCAGCGAUGCGGUCAUCCGCCAAAAAUACGUAUGUGAGAAUAGCAUUUUGUAUAUCAGCUGUCCGUUAAACUACAAAAUUAAAGUUAUGUGCUCCAUCUACGGACGCACUGUUCCACGUACCCAGCGCUGUUCGACCACCCCAAUUAGAUAUCAAGACACGACGUGCAUUGCGCAAUCAUCAGUAUCUAAGGUCAGACAGUACUGCGAAGGAAAAAGGUCGUGUAGUGUCCGGGCUAGUAACAGUGUGUUUGGUGACCCCUGUGUCGGAACACGGAAGUAUCUGGACGUUUGCUACGAUUGCGUCAAGAAGUGCUAGAACUGAUCAACUCGACCGUGUUUAUUGACAACAAGAACAAGGGAAAAAAAAUAUUAAAAUUUUAAACUUUGACGAUGAUAUUUCUUAAUGCAGACAUUAAGAUUUAGCAAUUAUGGGUAUCCUACAACUAUUUUCUAUAACUUGUCUAUUGUCAAGUUUAUUAUUAUUUGUGAGUAGAAAAGGAUAAUACCUUAACAAUGCACUACAGUCCAGUCCCUAUUCAGGGGACGAUUUAGGGUUGGCUAAGGAGGCAGUUUUGCCACUGCCGUCAUUUAAAAAAAAAAAAAUAUUUCUGUAACAGCAUAUAAUGCACAUGAAUUAUUAUACCAUUACUUAAUACUUAUUUAUCUGUAUAAUUAUUUCAGAUCUAUGUUCUUCUGUCAUUAGUUCAUAUUGAUUAUUUAAGUAAUCUCUAAUCUUUUCCAGCUCAUUCAUUCCCAUUUUCUAAUAUAUAACCGAGUGGUUAUUAUAUUGUCCAAUGGCCUUUUUCACAUUAUACCAUUGUGGUUUAUGAAUUUACCUCCUCGCUUGGAAUUUUUAUGUGCAUUCACUUUACAUAAUAAAUUUAUUUGCAACUAGAACCCUAAAA